AUGCCACCCCAAGCGACCGAUCUAUCUCAUUUCACUGGCUUGACCGAGUCAACCAACUCAAGUAUGACACAGGAAACAACCCUUUCGGAAAUACCGGAAUCCCAGAUGUCUAUAAAUCAGAAAAAAAUCACCUGUCGCUGGACCGAUGACGACGAUCGGGCAUUGGUCCGUUGCUUGCUAGAUGAAAAAGCUGCUCAUCCGAGUGCCAUCAAUGGUUUUAAGCCGGUCUCCUGGGCACAGGCAGUGGUUGCGUUGGAUGGAUCAGAAUUGGCCAAUGGGUCAAAAGCGAAGGACGUAAGCACCUGUAAGAGUCGCUGGCAAGCGUUAAAAAAAAUGUACAUCAGCUUCAGAACGGUCCGGAAUAUGUCCGGGGCCGGUUGGGAUGAGAGCUCAAUGAUGGUAACUCUCCCUUCGUCUGUGUGGGCCGAGCUAGCGUUGAACACCAGUGCUACUGGGAAGGAUUUGUCUCGAUGGCAGAAUCGAUCGUUUCCAUUAUUCCACGAUCUCAUGGCCUUGGUAGAAGGGAAGGUUGCAACCGGAGAUUUGAUGGAGACUACUGAGGAUGAAGAAAAUACCGAUGAACGAGAUGUGGGGAACGCUGUUCCAUUGGACUCACAACUAGAAGGGAGUGAUGCUGAGAAUGUUGACGAGAAUGACGAACCAGUGAUCGAAGCGCCCCCGGUAUCAUCCACCCCGGCCUCGUCUAAGCGCAAACGGGGCUCAGCGAUGUCACCAGAUGUCUUCCUCAGCGAGCUCAGGACAAUGAGCUCAGAUAUGGCCAAGUCCAUGUGUGCUCCAAUUCCUCCGAUCAGCUUCACUCAACAGGCCCCUCCUCCGUCAUUUCAUAUGCAAGCAAUCGACCUCAUUCAGAAGGACAAAGAUUUGGUGGAUGUGCAAAUUUUUGAGGCAAUCGACUUCCUCCAUGAUUCAACGCAUGCAGAGACAUAUGUAGCCCUCUCUGAAGCCCUCCGAUCGACUUGGCUUCGCAUGAAAUUGGGCUGGUAG